AGCCUCUGCUCUACCGGAAAUAGAAACGGAGAAGAAGACUGAUCCACGGCCACGCUCAUGAAGGGUAGUUGUGAAACAAGCAACAAGCUAGCUGAUGCUGCACUACAUCCUUCCCCUCUCCAUGUGUUGUGUCCGGUUGUGUCGUGUCUCAGUAUCAGUUGUCGUCCUCUGAGUUGUUGCUGUCAAUCAAAAAGAGGAAUUCAAACCAACCCGGUGUGCAGACAUGAGCUCGGUCAGAGAUGAAGGUAAGGACCGAAUUAUCUUUGUCACCAAAGAGGAUCAUGCGACACCCAGCAGUGCUGAGCUGGUAGAGGAAGACCCUGAUGACCCUUAUGAGGAGCGAGGGCUGAUUCUUCCCAGUGGGGAGAUCAACUGGAACUGCCCCUGUCUGGGUGGGAUGGCCAGCGGACCCUGUGGGACUGAAUUUAAAGACGCCUUCUCCUGUUUCCACUACAGUAAGGAGGAGGUGAAGGGAUCUGAAUGCCUGGAGCACUUCAGGGCCAUGCAGGAGUGUAUACAGCGUUACCCCGAGCUCUAUCCACAAGAAGAUGACAAGGUGCAAAAAGAACAAUCAUCAGAAACGGAGCCGACCUCACAAGAUUCUGCAUCUGCAGAAACCCCAGGUGCCGACUCAACAUCUGCCACCGAGCCGGACUCUGAUAGUAUGCCACCCAACACAAAGGGCUCAGGGGAAAGCUAGUGAUGAGCCCUGGUUACAAUGUAAAGCCAAGGCUCAAGAAUCGGACUGAAAUCACAUUAAGUCAUUGCUUGUUGCAUUCAUAAAUAACAUAGUGUUUUUUUAACAUUUACUGUUGAAAUUAUUUUUUAAAUGAAGCAAAAACCUUUUGAGGGUGUAUCCAAAAUGCUCAUUAUGCUGAUCACUGUUUCUUUAACAGCAGACUGCAGGCUGAGUGGCCUGCAGGGGAACGAGUCACAUAGUUAACAAGCCUGUUCUGCCAUUUACAAGUCAUUUGGAGAAAGUGCGUUGUUGGGAUUGAAAAGUAAAUCAACCCAAGAAUCUAAACUGAGCGAAGUGAUGCCUGUACGUGAGUUAACAUUAUGUUUAAGUUGCUGCAGCUGAUGAGCUACUUUCUCUAUUUCACAUGGAAACUCACGAUAGCAGUGCACGUUUCCCUGUUGAAUGUUUGUUUAGUCACUAGUUCAACAAGCUAUGGUACAGGAAAAAUGUUCUUUCAUGUUGGCAGGUUAGAUAAGAAGAAGACUUUAGCAGGGAAGAUGAUGUGGGUUGUUAUUCAAUGGCUACUGCUUUAUGAAAACAUGGUUCAACAUGAUGCGAUUUAAAUAUCUCUAUGCAAAAAAGGUCUUCAUCCAAUGAUGGAAAGGUUAAAUAUUCCAAAACGUAUAGGGUCUGCUAUUGUGAAACCAAACACGUAAACUACAUUCAAUUAUAUUAUAUUUAGAAUAUAUAAGCUCUUCCUUUUGGUUUUGGACUUUUACUUACAGAGGAACAGAGGACAUCCGGGUUAUAUAGUAAAUAUGUGAAAAACGAUCAUGACCUCUAUUUUCAGUUGAACUAAACAAUGUAUUUAUGAAUAAGAUGGGCUUACAGUAUACUUGUGUGAAACUAUGUUAUCAAUGCAACAACUAUCUUGAGUGUUUAAAUUAAGGAUGGGAAAUCCUGCCUUUGGCAAUACAAGAUAAACAAAAUAUGUAAUUCAAUGAAGAACCUAGAGUACCACGUUUAUUUAGCACGACACACUCUGUAUAUUAUGUCCUUUUCUUUGUCUCUUGGAGCUGCAGCACUAAGUUAAUUCAGAGAAACUCCACUAAUUGAUAGUCGAUCAGCUGUUAAACUCAUUUUGAAUGCAAAGAUGGUAGAAAAAGCUUUCAGCCUUUCAAAAAUGGAGAAUUCCUGCUUUUCUUUAGUGUGUAUCAAAUGUAACUGCAUAUUUUAAGGUUAUGGACCGACAAGACAUUUGAAAAACAUAACUUUCAACUUUGACAAAAGCGAUCGACAUUUUUCCCAUCUGACAUUUUACAGACCAAAUGUUUAAUUGAGAAAUUAACCAGCUGAGUAAUUCUUAGUUGCAGAGAUUCCUAUGAUGUAUGUACACGUGUUAUUUCAUAUGUUUGACUCAAAGUUUAUAAUAGUGAUUAUACGGAUAAAGUUGCUACUGAAGACAACCUCACAAUUUCGACUGAGCAGUCUUGAUUGCUAUCUGUGGUGUAUAUCCAGUUAUAUAACUUUACCUCAGCUGAACUAAAGUGAACCAUUAAUUUCAAACACAGGUCUGACUAGUGUCACUUGAAGGGAAUAUUGAUGACAUUUUAUAUAAUAAAUUAUCCUUUAUAAUAUUU